UUUCACAGAACUCUCCAGGAUCCAUCUGGUGGACAGGCACUCGGGCACGUUUUUUUCCAUGCCGCUGAUGUCACUGCAUGUGUGGAUGUGUUAAAUGGGUGUGAUUGUUGGGGCAGGAAAAGUGAUCUGGAAGAGGACUCGACAUGAGCGAGCGGGGGACUCCCUCCCCAGACAGCAGGACCACUCACUGUAGCUGCUGAGAGUGCGUCUUCCCAGGAACCGGGCGUAACCAGGGGUAACCAGGAGUAACAAGCGGUAACCAGGGGUAACUAGGAGUAACCAGGGAUAACCGAGAGUUACCAGGUGUAACCAGGAGUCACUAGGGGUUACCAGGAGAAACCAGGAGUAACCAAGGGUAACAAAGAGUGACCAGAAGUAACGAGGAGUAACCAGGGGUAACCGGGAGUAACCAAGAGUGACUAAUAAGAAGUUACCAGGAGCCUCCCAGAGCCCCAGCUUCCAGUCACCCCUCUCCACGCCCCUGCCGCUCCCCGCCCCUCGGUGACAUGCCCCUGGGCUCGGCUGGGGGGCGCCGGCCCGCCUCCCACCACUCUAUCUGCACCAAGGUCCUCCUGGCACAGGGGGGCGACACUCCCUUCACCCAGCACUGCCGCAGCUAUGAGAACACAUACAGGACCCUUCAGGCAGACAUCCAGAGGCUGAAGGACCAGGUGCAGCAGCAGCACAGAGACCUGACCAGGCACCACUCAGUCAUAAGCACAGACACCAUGGGGGCCAUCCUGGAGCGCUCGCUAGACAUCAACAGCAUCAUCUCCUCCCAGGUCUCCACCGUGGAGAACACCAGGGCCACGUUCCUGCAGGUGUGGGGCGAGACAGUGCAGGAGUCAAUCAAUGAGCAGGAGAUCUAUGAAGCACAGCUCGACGCCCUGCAGCAGCUGAAGCAGGAGAACACCUACCUGACCACCAUCGCUCGCCAAAUCCUUCCUUACAUCCUCUCCAUCGCCAAAGUCCGAGAGCGUCUGGAACCCAGGUUUCAGGAGACUGCAGAGAGUGAUGGUGACCAAUCAGAAACCACGCUGAAGGUCUAUGAGGACAGCGGCACGGCCACAGACAAACAGGACAGUGAACACCACAGCCCUCACACUGGCAACCGCUCCCUCUUCAUCCAAUCAGAGGAGGACUCUCCAAAGACCAACAACUGCCAUUGGCCCAGAAGGCGGUGGGACAGCCUAGAAUCAACCAACCACAGCGAGAUGCCUUUAUAAACCCUCCUCCCUCCCAGCUGUUAAAUUUUAGCCCCACCCCCUGUGCCAGCUGGUUAUUGUUGGGUGGGGGGGGGGGGGGGGGGCAGUGGAUGUGACACUCUCCCUCUCUGGUACUGGAACUAGGACUGGCCAUUUCUGUCAAACAGAAUAGCCAGAAAUUAAAACAUUCACAGGACAAAAAAAACACACAUCUUCCUUUCCGGUCCAGCUCUCAGACAUGGACUCAUCUAAAGACGGAACUGGAUUAAAGAUUAACGCUUAGAAAAAAGUGUUGUUAAGUGUCAUCAACCACUAGUUUCAGGAACUAUUUAUAAUAAGUGGAAUACCUUCCGGUGGCAAGAAGUGGCAAUCUUCCUCCCCUACCUUACAAUAGCUACUCAUCCAUCCCCACCCCUCCUCCCCUCCACCCCACCCCUCCAAGCCUCAGGAAAUACACCCCCUCCUCCUCUCCCGCACCCCCCCCUCUCUCUCCACCUCUAGAACAUUAGUGAAGUGUCAGCAGUGCACUCUUAAGUAUUCUGCCAUGCAGGAAAUCAGCAGGACCUACUUGUCUUCCCUCUCCUCCUCCAACCCCCCCUCUUCCCCACCCUCACCCCCUUAUUUCAUGCUCAGCCUCUGCAUAUUAAGCAUUUCAGCACCCGUGAGAAUUUUAUUUUCAAUAAACUGAAUCGCUAUA